AUGCCGCCUGGAUGCACAACUACAACUGACAGGCAUGCCAACCGUGUCGGCCUCAAGGCUAAACCACUGACCCAAGACAUCGAAAUCAAUGUCUGCAUCGCUGACUCGGCCAUAUCUGAGGCUUCCAUCGCAUACGAGCUAGGGGCGGAAGCGGGCUUCAAAGAGGACUUUGCCACUUAG